AUGCCAUCUAUUGAACAACAACUAGAAGAUCAAGAAUUAUAUUUAAAAGAUAUUGAACAGAAUAUAUCCACAACAUUAUCCAAAAUAAACAAGACAACCCUUGAAAAUGAUCGUGAAUUUCGAAAACAGUUUGAAGAAAUUCCUCAAGAUUCACAUACAGAUAAUGAAAAUUUAACUGAUUUAACAAUUUCUGAAUUAAAUAAUAAAUUUGAAAUUAUUACUGACAAUUUAAAUCACUUGAAUGAAUUACAAGAGAUCAAUUUCAAAUUAAAAGAGAUUGAAACAUACUUGGGGAAACCGAAAACAUUGCAAAGUAUUUUGGAUUUACAAUAUUUAAACAAUUUAUUUAACAAAGAAAUCAUUAUCGAUACAAAUUCCAAAUAUAUAAUAUACAAACAAAUUAAGAAAAGAAUUGAUUCACUUCAUCAAGAUUUUAUUGUUCAAUUGAAUGAAUAUUUAACCAUUCUUUUGAUUCCUGAUCCAUAUACCAUUACCAAUGUAGCAAUUUUACAAGAUUUCAAUCGGUUUCUAUUGAAAAAUGGACAUAAUAUAGAUGCCUAUGAUAAAUAUAAGGAAAAUUGGGAUAAAUUAGUGGAUUCAAUAUUAGAGAGCCCUUCUUCAAAUCAAUCCAAUUUGAAUUUGAUUGUUGAUGAACUUGAAGAUACUAUUAAAUUAGAAUUUGUAUCUGAUAAUGGAAACAACAAUUUUAUUAAAUCAAUUAUUAAUUUAAUUAAAUUUAUAAAUGAAUUACAAUAUCCCACAAUUAAAAAUUAUUUAAAUUCUAAAAUUUCCAAGAACAUAAUUGAUAAAAUUUCGAUCAAUAUAAAUCAAAUUAUCAAUGACAAACAACAAUUGACUGAUUUAGAUGAAUUAGUAGUAUUAUGUCAUGAAAAUAAUUGGAAUGUUUUAUCAAGAAUGGAAGAAGGAAGUGGUUCCAUAAAAGAAAAAUUAAAUAAAUUGCAUCUUGAUUGGAUUGUUGAUAAUUAUGUGGAAAGAAUCAAAAAGGUAUUCAAAUCUGAUGCCAUGAAACAAACUGAAUUGAUUGAUUUUGAUACUGGAAAACUAAACAAAGAAGAAAACAAAGCAACAAAUGAGAACAGUAAAAACGACGACGAUGGUGACGAUGGGUGGAAUGAUAAUUGGGACGACGGUUGGGAAGAAGAAGAAGAAGAAGAAAAAGAAACCGAUACUGGUGAUAAAGCAUCUCAUCAAGAUACAUCGGAUGAGAGAAUAGUUAUUACUAAGAUUCCUUCUGAACUAUUAAUACUUAUCAAUGAAUUCAGCAGAAGUUCAUCAGACUUGAAUCACCUAAUAACUUCAAUUCAAGCAUUAGCCACAGUUGAAUAUCCUUCAUUAGCAAAUUCAUUUUUAUUGCUUAACGAUCUAAAUUAUUUAUCUUCAAAAUUAUCUUCCUCCAGUGAUGCUCAAAAAUUGACACAAUUUGUCAAUUGCAAUUGGAAUCAAGUACUCAUUAAAUUUUAUCUGGAAUUAAAAAUUGUAUUAUCAUCACUCAAUUUAGAAAAUGAUGAAUUAAACAACAACAACUUUGAUGAAUUGGAUGAUUAUAAUUUAAACCAAUUAAGUUUGAUUUAUAAAUGGUUCAAUAUAUUAUUCGAAGAAAAACAAUUGAAAUCUACCAAUAAACCAAAAUUUAUCUUAUUAGUUAUUGAUUUGGUAGAAUUUAUAAAUAAUUGGCUUAUUCAAAUGAUAUUCAAUCUUGACGAUAUAAGUGAACAUCAAUGUACCAAAAUAACUCAUAUUAUUGAUAAUUUAAACAAUGUAACAAUACCAUAUAUUCAAGAAUUGGAUGGUAUUAAUAAAGAUUCAUCAAUUGAAUCAUAUCAUAAAUUAAAUAAUGUUAAAUUUUUGGUCAAUAAUCAUUUGAAAGAUAUUAUGGAAAGAUUUUAUCAAGGUGAAUUAUUUAAUCUUGAAACUCAAGAAUUAGUAAAUAUGAUAAAAUCUAUUUUUAUUCAAAGUGAAUUAAGAGAUAAUUAUAUUCAAGAAAUUAUUGAAUUCAGAAACAUGAGCUAA